AUGCUGUUUGAAGUAUCUUCGAACUCUGGUCCUCGUACAAAAGCUUUAUUGGAUAUUUUACGAAACUCUGACCAUUUUCUUGUUUACACAGGCUCCGUGGAAGCGCAAGGAAUGUACUUUUUUGCUAGUCCUGAGUUGAUGAAUAAUGAACAGGAAUCUUGCGGAUCAUCAAUGGUACAACUAUCGGCUCAUACUCUUAAUAACGAGGAUCAAGAGUCUUUUGAAAACUUUGGAACGGAACUGUUUGUGGUAGAUUCCCCACUGGAUACGGAAGACACAAAUGAAGCAUACACUGGUUAUGUCAUUGCGUUUUGUCCUUUGAAACCCAUUGUAUGGGAAGGUGACAUGAUCAAUCUUAGUAUAGAAAACGUCCCGAUAACUGACGUGAAACCAGGUCAAUUGUUGGUCAUCACAAAGGUGCCACCUUACUUCAGCCUUUCAUUAGCACGUGAAAGAUUUAUGGAUCUAGUCAGCGGUGUUGAAGCUAUGCGUUCGAUUGUGAAACCGACUGAACAGCGUUCAUCACUUACCAAAGUGCAUCAAGAGCUAACGAGGAUUAACAAGGUCUUUUUCCGUAUGACUCUUGCCGUGUUAGAUUCAACGAAGAUUGUCAUUGAAAAUUGCAAAAGGUUGAUACCUAAUGAUGUUUACCAGGAGCUUGUUAAUCAGUUUUUCAUUUAUUCUCGGGAUUUCGGUAAGAGUUCUGUAAAAUGGUCAGAUGCAUCGAGAAAAUCUGCAGUCAUUAUGCGACUCAUCCAGCUCUCCAUCGAAUGGGUGAGUUUCAUCUGUGACGACUGUAUACCAACAGAUCGUAAAACCUUCAGAUGGUGCGUUCUUGCUUUAGAAUUUGCUAUGGAGAUGACAAGGGGGUUCAAUGUUUUAGUUCUCAGUGAAGACCAAUUUUACAGACUCAAGCUCAAGGUGGCGCGUUGCAUGUCUUUGCUCAUCUCCCAUUUUGAUAUUAUGGGUGCUCGUUCCAAUGAAGCUGAAAAGAAGAGAAUGUUGAAAUGGUCUUCCCAAAGACAAGGUAUUGAGAACGCGACUGAUGAUGAGCUGAUCUUGAAUGCCUACCUGGAGGAUGUUAUGAAGGAAAUCCAAGAAAUUGAGAAGUACAGAACGGAAGUUGAAGAGCAAUUACAUUCUAUCGGUAGGGUGCUUGAUGUUUCAGAUCUGGAAUACCAAUUUGUGACGUUGUUAGCUUCUUCCUUCUCAAGUGUAUCGAUAAGAUGGCAGAAGGGUAAAUUCAUUGGUGGUGGUUCUUUUGGUCAAGUUUAUGCUGCCGUGAAUUUGGAUACUGGAGGAGUCAUGGCUGUUAAGGAAAUCAUGUUCCACGAUAGCCAAUCGCUUAAGCUUAUUCCAUCGAUUAGUGAAGAGAUGACGGUUUUGGAAAUGUUGAACCAUCCAAAUGUUGUUCAAUAUUUUGGCGUUGAAGUUCAUCGCGACAAAGUAUAUCUUUUCAUGGAAUACUGUGAAGGUGGAUCUCUCUCUAGUCUCUUGGCACAUGGUCGUAUCGAAGAUGAAAUGGUGAUCCAAGUGUACACUCUUCAGAUGCUAGAAGGUUUGGCCUAUUUGCACCAAUCAGGUGUUGUUCAUCGUGACAUUAAGCCUGAAAACAUUCUUUUGGAUCACAAUGGUGUCAUCAAAUUUGUUGAUUUUGGAGCUGCCAAGGUGAUAGCUGCGUCGGGCAAAACCAGAAAUAUUGGCCAUCACUCCAGAGGUGCUAGAAGUCAGGAGAAUUUGAACUCUAUGACAGGUACGCCCAUGUACAUGUCCCCUGAAGUUAUUACUGGACAAGGCUCUUCGCAAAGUGGGGUGGUUGAUAUCUGGUCUCUUGGAUGUUGCGUGUUAGAAAUGGCUACUGGAAGACGGCCAUGGGCAAACUUAGACAACGAGUGGGCAAUUAUGUAUCACAUUGCAGCCGGCCACAAGCCACAAUUACCAUCUCAUGAUCAACUCAGUGAGACAGGAAGACAGUUUUUGUCGAGAUGUUUGGAACAUGACCCAUCCAAACGGCCAAGUGCUGCCGAACUUUUGAAUGAUCCCUGGAUCGUACAAAUCAGGCAAGCUGCGUUUGGCUCGUCCGAUAGCGGAAACACGCCUAUUUCUGAGUCGAACCUCGAAAUGCAAUAG